AUGACGGCGCACUUUGGCGGGGAUGGCAUUGCGACUGCGGAUCGGCAAUGGCACAUUGGAUGCCGAUGCGGCAUACCCGUCCACUUGCCGUUGGCAUCGCAAACGGGCGAGCGCAUCGUCUUUUUGGCCAUGCUGGCCGUCGAAGACAGGAGCAACCGGGCAUACAGAGGUCCGGCGCUGAUAGCCGCGACCAACCGGGGGAACCAGGUCCUGUUUGGGAAUUUUCAGAUUGCUUUUACACGCACGACCACGUCUCGCAUGUUGACGUCAGACAGCACACUCCAAACUCCGGUCCUCGGUGUCUUCACCGAUGUGCUGACGGCCGAGGGCUGCUGCUGGAAGAGCAUUGGCGUGCACAUGCCCGAGACACCAAUCUCAACAGCAAGGCAGCGGCCGUCCAGGUUGCUCAUAGCCCGCUUUCCGUAUCCGCCGCCGCCGGAGCGCGUCGAUGAGCGCUUUAAUAAAUUGCACGCUCUCUUCAGCUCGGCCACGCUGGACAGUGGCGCCAUUGUGCGCCUGCGUGUCCGCCGACGGGUCAUGACAGGCGACCAGGCCCCGCGCUGCCUCGGUCUAUGUAUCGAAUUUGACAGUGGCCGCACGUCCAUCUUGGGUCAAUGGGCGCCGCCAGUUAUGGAUGCAGCGGACACGACAAAUACACCGACAUCGUCACCGACAAUUACGGAUAUUUUUCCAGUUGAUUCAGCCGACCUCGCCCCCUCCCCCUCGCUCUGUGCCGCCAUCACGUUUCACUUCACGCCGGACGGCACCUACGUAACCGACAUUGUCGUCGGCAACCAAGCCUCAGGCCCCUUUGACGCGGUUGUGUCCCAGGGGGAGCACUUUGUAUGGUGGUUCUCUGAAGCUGGCGACUUGGUCCAAACCUGGGAGCCCACGUACGCCAGUGCCAGGUUUCCCGAUCCCUUGGGCAAUGGCUUCCACCAGGGGCCCGUCUGGAGCAUGGACUCAAAGUCUCGUGACGACUGA